AUGCAGAUGAAUUGUUUAAGUUGCCCCACGCCAAUUACAAGUGGGGUGACAUUGGCAUCGACAUGUGGCGGUGCAUCCUUUUUAAUAUUCAUGGGAAUAUUGGAGACUAUUAUUCGAAAACAGUGUGACCUUGAGGAUCCAUGUCAUCGUAUUAGGCCACGUGAAAAGGCUAAUUUGAGUUAUGAUUUUAUUGUCAUUGGAUCUGGAAGUGCAGGUGCUGUUGUUGCUUCUCGUUUGUCAGAGGAAAAAAAAUUUUCUGUUUUACUACUCGAGGCGGGAUUAGAUGAACCAGCUUGGACGCAGUUGCCUCCAUUUUAUAUGAACACCCUUCGUACGAAAUUAGACUGGCAGUAUAAAUUUGUCAACGACGAAGUUGAAUGUACAGAUGAAAAUGAUUCCCGAUGCUACUGGGGCAGGGGAAAGGUUCUUGGCGGUAGUAGUUCAAUUAAUGGAAUGACGUACGUUAGGGGUUCUCGUAAAGAUUUCGACGAUUGGGAGAAAAUGGGAAAUAAGGGUUGGUCCUUUAAGGAUGUACUUCCCUUUUUCAAGAAGAGUGAGAACAAUUUGCAGAUGGAUAAACUAGAUCCCGACUAUCAUAGCGAAGGAGGACCCCUACCAGUAACACAAUUCAAUUACCAUCCGCCAAUGAGUUACGAUAUUUUAUCGGCUGCUAAGGAAUUUGAUUAUGACAACGUCGACGUGAAUGGUAAAACCCACACCGGAUUUGCAAUCGUCCAAAGUACAUACAGUAAAGGAAGUCGUCAAUCUACUGCUCGGGCAUUCCUAAGACCGGCUAGAAAUCGUCAGAAUUUACACAUUAUGCUAAAUGCAACUGCCACUAGAAUUAUUUUCAACAAUAACAAAAGUGCCAUAGCUGUUGAAUUCUACAAGAAUGGACAAUUCACCAAAGUUGGAAUUAACAAUGAAGUCAUCAUUAGUGGAGGUAUAGUAAAUUCUCCCCAAUUGCUACUGAACAGUGGAAUCGGACCCAGGGAAGAAUUAGAAUCAAUUGGAAUUCCAGUAAUUCAUCAUCUUCCUGGAGUUGGGAAAAAUUUACACGAUCAGGUUCUCUAUCCUUUAGCAUUUUCCACUAAUGAAACGAUAAUUAACGAUCUAAAUUGGGCAUCAGCUAUGGAAUAUUUUCUCUAUAGAAAAGGUCCCCUAAGUGGUCUAGGAAUAAUGGCCAUGACGGGUUUGAUAAAUACAAAGUUUGCCAAACCUGAGGAUGAUAAUCCGGAUAUACAAUUAUUUUUCGGUGGUUUUAUGUCGACUUGCUCACAGAAUGGAAGUAUUGUUAAUAAUUCAACGUCGAGGAAACAAAUGAAAAUCCUACCCACUGUCAUUCGUCCAAAGAGUAAGGGUUAUUUGAAACUAAAGAAUAGUGAUCCUCUUUCGAAACCGUUAAUCCAUCCGAAAUAUUUGUCUCAUCCUGAUGAUGUUGCUGUCAUGGUCGAGGGAAUUAAGUUCAUUCUUCGAUUCGUCAAAGCUGAGAGUUUAAAAAAGUAUGAUAUCCAAUUGGAGAGGACAGAAAUUAAAAAAUGCGAACAUUUGGAAUUUGCCAGUGAUCCCUAUUGGGAGUGUGCAGUAAAGCAGGACAAAAAUCCAGCUUAUCAUCAAGCUGGUUCGUGUAAAAUGGGUCCAGACUCUGAUGAAAUGGCGGUUGUCGAUAAUGUACUCAGGGUGAGGGGUCUCAAAGGUAUUAGAGUUGCUGAUGCUAGCAUUAUGCCAGAAGUGACUUCCGGUAAUACGAAUGCUCCAGCAAUUAUGAUUGGUGAAAGAGCUGCGGAUUUCAUUAAGACUAAAUAUCAUCGGAAUCAUUGACGCUUAGUCACUUACCAUAUAGAAUUAAAAUUAAAUCUCCAUGGGUACCAAAAAAUGUAAGGUCCCUAACACGUUCUAAGAAUAUCCCAAGACCUAAAGACUUUCUAGAAACAUUUCUAAAAUGUUUGUGUAACAGGAAAUUAUUGUGGUCUGAAUGUUACAAAAUUUAUCCAUGUCGACUAUUAAUUAGAAGAUCGAGGUGCAUGUGAAUUAUUUUGAACCCGGUCGCGUGAGGUGUGGAAUCUUUGUUUUAAUUAUUUUAAUUUCAAUAUAAAAAGAUUCUGUUUCAUGUUUCUAGAAAGAAUUUAGGGCAACCCAGACAUUUCUAUAUCUAGGUCAGAAGAUACUACGGACCAUUUACUCUAAACAAACCCCAUUCCUUUAGGAAAUGAAAAAAGUGACUACCU